CGACAGCGUCACGCUCACGCCACUUCUCUUCCACCCAAUCAUGUAGGCGUCGUGCCAACUGCAAGAGUGAGAGCAAGGUAUGUCUGGCUUAUCAUCAAGCUUCUUCAAUCAUCAUGUGAACGAAAUUGUCCCUAGUGACGUUGGAGAUCACAUCGUGCGCCUGUGAUAUCUAUCACUAUCCAUGCACCACGAUUAUCCCCCUACACCGCAACCAUGGCCACCACAGACGACGCUCCUUCGCCCGAGGGCAUCUUCUCGCUCCUCGACACCGACCUCUACAAACUCACCAUGCAAUGCGCCAUCCUCAAGUUCUUCCCGGACGUGCACGUCGCCUUUGCCUUCACCAACCGCACCCCGCACAUGAAGCUCACUCGCGCCGCGUAUCGCUGGCUACAAGAGCAGAUAGGCAAGUUGAAGAAUUUGCACAUCACCGCGCAAGAGGUGGAGUGGUUACGCACGACUUGUCCCUAUCUCAGCUCCGAGUAUCUGGAAUACCUCGAGAGCUUUCGAUUGAGACCUGAAGAGCAGGUGCAGCUGGCGUUUGACCCAGAUGAGACCGGCGAGGGAGAGGAUGUAUCUGGCAACAUCUCCCUAUCGGUCCGUGGUUUGUGGCUCGAGACCAUCCUCUACGAGAUUCCCCUUCUCGCACUCAUCUCAGAGGCCUACUUCAAGUUUGUGGAUCGCGAUUGGACGCAUGCCAAUCAGGUGGAGAAUGCGAAGCGCAAAGGUCUCACGCUGUUGGAGCAUGGGUGUCUUUUCAGCGAGUUUGGCAGCAGGAGACGACGAGACUACAAGACGCACGAGAGUGUGAUCCGAGGCUUGGUAGACGCAUCGAAGGAAGCGGAGACGAAUGGGCAAGGGUGGCAGGGCAAGUUCACGGGCACAUCCAAUGUGCACCUCGCCAUGAGAUUCGGAGUCCCGCCGAUCGGCACCGUAGCCCAUGAAUGGUUCAUGGCCAUCGCAGCCAUCACCGACGACUACGCCAACGCCAACGAGCUGGCGAUGAAGUACUGGAUUGCCACCUUUGGACGUGGCGUGCUUGCUAUCGCCCUUACCGACACUUUCGGUACAACGUCAUUCUUGAGAGCAUUUGUGAAGCCCGCGCCUCCGAGCAAUACCACAAAUCAGCCCGAUCGAGCCCAGGAUCCGAGCUAUGCCCAGGUCUUCACCGGUGUGCGCCAGGAUUCUGGAGACCCCUUGGCGUAUCUGCAGAUCAUGAAGAAGUUCUAUACCUCGCAAGGCAUCACUGACAAGAAGGUCAUUGUCUACUCCGACUCGCUCAACACGGACAAAUGCAUUCAGUACCGCCGAGCGACGGUGGAAGCCGGCCUCUCUCCAUCGUUUGGGAUCGGCACGUUCUUUACAAACGACUUUGUGCGGGCGAGUCGGCCGGAUGAGAAGAGCGUGCCCCUGAACAUUGUCAUCAAGCUCAGCGAGGCAAAUGGUCGGCCGGCGGUGAAACUGAGCGACAACAAGUCGAAGAACAUGGGAGACGAGGAGUUGGUGAGGAAGGUCAAGCAGACGGUCGGAUAUGAGGAGAGGGAGUGGAAAGAGGGCGAUGAGGCGCAUCGAUGGGAUAAGUGAUGGAGCAGCACUGAUGGGGUGCGGUUUCCAAGGGUAUCUCCGGGUACAAAUAGAUAUCCAAGAUAAAUCAGCAAACGAGGCGGUCAAUCGGACAUC